UAUUCUAUGGCGAGAUGUGUCCACGUGACAGAGCAAGUGACAGUGGUGACAGAUGACAGAUUGCAUUAUUUGGUUAUAUUUGUUGAUUGUUGACAAAUUGUUGAUAACUUUAUAAAAUUAAUCUGUAAAUAAUAACUUUGUUGAUUCAUUCCAUAGAGUCAAUCAUCCAUUAAUUUUUGUUUUUAUAUGUAAUGUUUUAUAAUUCAAUUACCCUAACCAUAUCUCCAAGAAUUCUUACUAAUUUAGCCCUCUUCCUCUUGGUUUUGGUUGCCUGGUUUUCUGUAGUUAGUUUAAACAAAUAUCUUAAAUAUAAUAACAAGAAAAGCUAAGGAAACAUGCCAUUUACAGCUGACUCGGUAGCAGUUCAGCAGGUACAAGAAAGACUAGAGUCUCUUUACAGCCUUAUUCAUGACAUUGAAAAGAAAAGGGCUCAAUGUGAGCAAGGUCUUAAUACUUUACAAAGAAAUAGCAUUGAGGAUAAGGGCCCAAAUACACAGAAGUCCAGAAGCCUUAUUAAGAAUGUUAUGGCUCAAACUGAUGCUGAAAGAGAAGUUAUCCAGAAAGCAUUACAAAAGAUUUAUGAGAUUCGGAAUAUUAUAAAUGAAAGGCGAAUUCAGGCUCGUACUUCAGCUGCUAAGAAAGAAUCUAUUCGCAGAGGAACUUGGAUGAAAAUGCUGUUAAGUUCUGCACAGACACUUCCACUUUUUAUUGGAAAAGUAGGGGAAAAAGCCCCACCACUUUGUGGAGCAGUGCCUGCUGAGAGAAAUUAUAUUGCAAAAGUGGGCGAUACAGUAGUUGCUUUUGCAAAACUAGUAGAGAAAGAGAACUGGAUUUUGGCUGAAGUGGUUAGUUACAAUCCUAACACAGCCAAGUAUGAGGUAGAUGAUAUUUUACGAGAGCAGAACCAAAAAGGGAGGCAUACCUUGAGUAAAAGCAGAGUGAUCCCACUUCCUCUUAUGAGAGCCAAUCCAGAAAUUAAUCCUGAAGCACUUUUUCCUCAAGGCAAAUUAGUGUUGGCACUGUUUCCUCAGACUACCUGUUUCUAUCAAGCGAUCGUCAACAAGCCUCCAGCUACUCACACUGAUGGAUACGAAGUAUUAUUUGAAGAUCCCAGUUAUCCAGAGGGCUACAGUCCGCCGUGUACGGUGGCCCAGCGUUACAUAGUAGCUUGCAAGCAUAAAAUGAAGGUCAGCGCUAGUGCGGCGAGCACUUCACAAGCCGGCAGUAGCGACAGCGAAUCGUAACAAGACUUAUUUUUCGUUGAAAUAUCGGGAAUUCAAUUGAAAAACGACGUCAAGGUAGGCGUAGACAUAAUACCUGGGUAAUUAUUGAAAAAAACUGGAAAUCGUCCGAUUUUCACCAAAAUUGGUAUCCACCCUAUUUUGAGGUCGAAUAUUACGAAUCUGAAUUUUUUCCUGGCGGUCUCUUACCGUUUUUCAGAAAAACGGAAAAUAAGUUCAACAUUAAAUUUUUCUUUAUUUCAGCCCUAUAAAGUAAUAAUUUCACUAUAUAUUUUCAUUAUAUUAUAGUUUAUCUAAAAACGAAUUCAUUGAGGAUAGAAAAAUGUCCAAAAUUUUACUGAAAAACACUUUUCUUAACAAAAUAACAAAAAAAUUGAGACCAGAUGGAAGUUUGACAUUUCAUAUAUCCUUCUUUCUCUCUCCUAUGCAAUGAGAGAGACAAAUGUUGAAAUAGAUUUUCAUUUUUCUGAAAAACGGUAAGAGACCGCCAGAAAAACAAGUUUAGAUUCGUAAUCUACGACUUCAAAAUACGGUUUAUACCAAUUUAUGUGCAAAUCGGACGAUUUCCAGUUUUUCCAAUAAUUACCAAGACUUUAAUAUUAAAUAAAUUUUGUAGAUCAUCAAAAUUGACGUCGAAAGCCGAAAUUAAAUCUUAUUUUCUUAUAAUUUUAAUAGCAAAUUAGAUAUACAAAAUUACUUUAAAUACUCUUUUAAGUUUAAACUUAUUUUACUGGUAAUUUAGAUUUAAAAAUUCAACAGUUUACUGUGUGGAAUGUCAUGUACCGAAUAUAUUUUUGUGUUUAA